GCUUUACAAAAAUAUCCACAACUGAAAUGCAAAUGGACAGAAAUUCAGAAUCUUUAGCUUCAAAGGACGAAUCAAUUAAGCUCGCCGUCGCCAUUUCUCUUCUCCGAUCAAAGCUCCGCCUUAGUCAAAAUCAAAGCACUCAGCCUUCUUCUGAAUCCGAUGCACUUCGCUGGAAGCGAAAGGUGAAGGAACAGAAGCAAGAGCUCAUCAGGCUGAGAGAGGAUCUAAGAGAAGCUGAAGAUUCUUCGCAUUGCGAUUUGUUUCCGCAAUCAGCUUCUUUUAAGUGCUGUUUCUUUGAUAGGUUGGGGAAAUUAAGCCCUAAGAUUUCCGUCGGUUCAAUGACGUUCUUCGCCGCAGAUUUCUCAGACAAAUUAUUGAGAGAUUCUUGA